CUGAAUGCCAAGGAGGGGGGGAGAUGCUGGGGCAAUAUAAAAUGAAGGGCGCGAGGCAUGAAACACCACUUCUAGCAUCUCCCAUUCACCAUGCGGCCCGUGCUCCUCCUCCUCGGCCUCGUUGCGGCUGUGUCCGCGGUGGAUCCCGUCAAGAUCCACCUCUACUACGAGACGCUCUGCCCGUAUAGCAUUGACUUCGUGGUCAACCAGCUGUACAAAACAUGGACCUUGGUCAAGGAUAUCAUGGAAGUAGAAAUGUUUCCUUUCGGCAAUGCUGAGUAUUACCCUGACGGCGAGGGCUGGAGUUUCCGGUGCCAGCAUGGGUCCGGCGAGUGCCGCGGCAACAUGAUCCAUGCGUGUGCUAAGAACCACUUCAAUGAUAUCAACAUCGAAAUGGAAUUUGUCAAUUGCCUACUCUCAGCAGACUACCCUCCCAACGCCGGGGCCAAGUGUGCAGCAGAAGUGGGUGCCGACUGGGCGCCUCUAGAGCAGUGUGUCAACUCCAUAGAGGGGCAGAACCUGCUGCACGAUGUGGCUGUGCAGCAGGAGCAGCUUCAACCCAAGCUGUACUUUGUGCCUUGGAUCAUUGUAAAUGAUGUGUUCAGCGAGGAGCAGGUGGGCGAGUGCCAGACGAACCUGCUGAAAGUGGUGUGUGAAAAAUACACCGGCGUGAAGCCCGAUGCUUGUAGUAGUUACCCCUUGGAGCUCACCUCCAGCAAGAUUGGAGUGUCGAAGUUCUAGGCCUUGUGGUAGCCGUCGCCUUCCCAGCACUUGUCACCAGAGGAAGGCCAGCUGUCCACAGCCACGCAGCCAUCACAAAGUCUUGUCAGUACCACUGAAGCGUCUCCACCACAUACCAAACACAAUAUCGCUCAUCAUGCAUAGAGGAGCGGAAGUAAAGAGAAAUGUUUAUUUUUUUGAAAAAUAAAUUUGCUGAAAUUUU